CGCUCGUAGCGUUUAGUUGGAAUUUCGCUUUUGAUCUGGUUGGUUGUGUUUUUGCAUCGCUCUUCGCCCGAUUGCAAAGCGAACGAAACAUGCAAAAGAAGCGCAGAACAUAGAAAAAAAAAAAACGCAAUCGCCGCUAAACGUUUUACAUACAAUUCAGCAAAUACAAAAAAAAAAACAAAAUAAAUAUUCCUGCUCAACAAAAAUACAAAACCAAACAAAUUUUUCGCUCAUUUACGAGUGUGUGUGAGUGACAGUGUCUGUGUGUGUCAAGAUGUAAAAAAUUAACUUGAUGACAAUUUUUUUUAUUGAUACUAGAAACGUGCGUUGUAAACUCAGCUCAGGUACUAAAAUUUAGUAAUAUCAAAUCAAAAAAACAAAAAAAAAAUAUAAGAACAAUCAAUAUACAAACAGAUAAAUAAAUAGACUGCAAUUUUAUACAACAAUUUUAUACAAACGCAAAAUGCAAGUCACGUGUGUGUGAGUGAGAUAGCAACAACAAAAAAUACACUGCUAGGAAGAAAAGCGCACGUGCAACAAAAGAAAAUAAAAAUUUUUUAUGGCGCCGCGUCGCAAUUCGCAGCAGCAACAAAAAUCAGACUUUACAUCAGCGGUAACUGGAAGUGCAACAAACAUGGCGCCCAUGCAACAAAUGUUGAACGUGGGCGUGCAACUCACACGCUGCUGUUAUCCCAACGGUGAAUGUGGCAAAUUGGAUGCGCUGAUCGCACUGGACGAACAAGGGCUGUCGGAAUGUGUCCGCGUGCUGUGCAACAAUGAGAAUUGCAACGUGGGGCAGUAUAUGCAUCGGGAUUGCUUCGAUUUGUGGGAGGCGGGCGUGUUGCAACAACUGAAGAGCAGCGGCAGAGCGCGCAGCUGGUCGGAGCGUCAACGCGUGCAACAGCUGUGGACGAAGAAGGGCUACGAGUUGGUCGCCAAGAGUUGCAACUGCAAGUGUGGCAGGGGGCAGCUGCGCAAGGAUCUCGACUGGCUGCCACACGGUGGCAACAACAACAACAACAACAGUGGCAACAGUGGCUGCUUCAUCAGCGAGGACGAUGACAAGAAGAAGGCCAAAAAGAAGCGCAAUCGCAACAGCAACAACAACAACAACAAUAGUGGCAACAACAACAACACCAAUGGAGGCAGUGGCAAGUCUGUUGUGGCAUCUGUGGUUGGUGGCAACUUGACGCCCAAUCCCAAUGUGGGCGUCAUUGGCUCCGGCUUGCCACACAACAACAACAACAACAACAAUUCUAACAAUAAUAUCGGUGGCAACAACAACAACAACAUUUUGCAGCCCAGCGUUGUGGCCACUUUGAGCAACAUUCUCAUGAGCAGCAACAACUGCAACACCAACAACAACAACAUCAACAAUCACAACAACGUUUUGGGCCUCGAUUUACGGAAUCGCGCUGGAAGUUUGUCUUCCAGCGGUUCCAGCUCCCCAUCGGCCUCGCAAUCCAGCGCCGACAUUUCGCUGUCGCCCGUGCAACAGCAGCAGCAACAACAGCAGCAGCAACAGUUGCACUUGCAACAACAGCAGCAAUUGCAGCUGCCUGCAACCAUCAAUAACAACAACAGCUUUCCCAGCUUGUUGCUUCAGCACAACGGCUUGAACCUGGCCAAGAGCAUCUUGCCACAACAACAGCAACAGCAGCAACAACAACCGCAACAGUUGCCACAGCUGCCCGCUUUGGCCAACAUCAGCAACUUUAAGCCUCUGGCCAGCUACGAUCAACAGCAGCUUCUACAGCAGCAGAAGAACAAAGAAGUCGAACUCUAUUCGGAGCGUGUUCGCUCGACAUCUGGUUGCAAUGGCAUCUUCUCACGUCGCCUGGAUUUCUCAUCAUUCAAUUUGCUGCCAAAGACGCGUUUGAAUUCUUAUCAAGUUAAGAUUGAGGACGAGGGCAAUCAUGGCAACGACGAAACACGUCUCUUCAUACUCUCCUCGCUGGCCCAGUCGCAGAUGAGUCGCGUUGCAUGCAUUUUGUGCGAGGAGCCGUUGCUUGUAUUCGAUCGCUAUCCGCUGGUCGAUGGCUCCUUCUUUCUCAGUCCCAAGCAGCAUUCCAGCGGCUGCAUUGAGGUCAAAUACGAGGGACGCAUGCUCUACUUGACCUGUGUGUGCAUGAGUUGCCUCGACGGCACCUCCAGCAGUCGUGUCAUCAGUUGCCGAUUCUGCAGCGAGCCUUGGGAUGGAUCCAGCCUGGUGCUGGGCACCAUGUACGCCUAUGACAUCUUUGCAGCCAUGCCCUGCUGUGCCGAUCGUUUUAAGUGCAAUAACUGCUACAAGAUGCUGAUGCAUCCACAGAAGCGUCUGAGCUUCUACAGCGAUUACUCGCACGGCGUCACCUGCCCCUAUUGCAACACGCUGGACACACACUUUGUGAAGCCGCUGAACUUCUGCUACACCAAGAGCAAUGCGACGCGGUUGCAGGCGAUCGCAUAACAUGAGGCCCCGUUGGAGUCUCCAACGGUGCAAGGCGCAACAGCAACCACAGCAAAUGCCGCCAGUGCCAAUGGUGCUUCAACGGACCCCAAGCAGCCGCUCUACAAUGCGGCCAUCGAUUAUUCGGCCCCGCUACAGCAGCAAAUCAAUCCCGAUCUUAUUGGCGCCCAUCCACAUGCCCAGCAACAUCAGCAGGUAAGGCAGCAGCAGCAGCCACCACAACAGCCGCAGCAGCAACAGCAACCAACAACACAGCAACAACCAGCUAUUGCUGCUGUCAAUCAACCAGCAACAGCAGCAGCCACAGUUGCAGCAACCACGCAACGUGCAAAUGAGGCUGCGUAUUUGGUGUCAGCAGCAGCUGCACGUGCUGCCAGCUACCAGCAACAACAGCAGCAGCAACAACAACAACAGAAGCUGACCUUCACAAACAGCCUAAUGGCUAUGGCGGAUGUAAUGAGCAAGUUUCAACAGCAACAGCAGCACCAUCAACAACAACAGCAGCAGCAACAACAACAGCAGCAACAGCAACAGCCACACAAACCAUUGGGCCACUUGAAUCUUGGCCAUGAUGCCAACGGCCUUUUAUUGACCAACAUGAACGGCAACAACAAUAGCAACAGCAACAGCAACAACGGUGUUAGCAGCAGUAUUAGUAACUUAUUAAUUAGCAAUAAUUCACACAACAACAGCAAAGUGAGCAACGCCUGGUCACAGCCCAUGGUCCAGGCGGAGGCCAUCUCGGCAUUGUGGGGAUGUGCCAGCAAUGCCUCGACAACCGGCUCGACCAGCGGCUGCUCAUCGGGCAGCGGCUCGCAGCCAUCGCUGAGUCCAACGAGCAGCCACAGCAAGGAGUUGCUCUGGGCCCAGACGUCGCCCAAUUGCGCCCAACUCAGGGAGAAUUUCUAUGCGGCCAAAGAGCUGUUGCCGCAUGCUGCAUCGCCCACCGCAUCGUUGACCAGCUCAUCGGGCGCCUCCUCCACGGGCGGUUGGGGCACCACCUCGAAUGUUGCUGUUAAUGCCCAUUAUGCCAAGCUGAGUGCUGCUCAAAAUAUUUGGGAGUUGCCGCCAGCCAACAGCAGCAACAGCAUCAGCAACCACAACAGUCACAAUGCAGCUCAACUCGCACCCGAUAUGUUCAGCGAUCUCUUGUGCAAUCUGCACAUCGGCCAGGAUGCCAAUCAGCACAGCAGCAACAUCAACAACAUUAGCAGCAACAACAUCAACAACAUGAAAGCUGAUGCUAACUCUGAUGUUAGCUCCAACUCAUCCUCCUCGGCUGGCGAGCUGGAGGUGGCCAACAUUUGGCGCCACAGCGCAGCACACAAUGUGCGCCAAGUAUUGUUCGAGGAGCCAACUGGAGUUGCUCCCUGCAUGCAGCUCUUUAAUGAUUAUCUAAACAUGAACUAAGCGAAACACACACACACACACACACACAGAUGAAAACAUAAAGCGAAUGUUACUCUAGCAAAAUUUAACAGAGAAUAGUAACAACUUACCGUAACAGUAGCAGUAACAUUAACACUAGCAGUAACAGUAACAGUAAUAGAAGCUGUUAAAUUAACAGGUAGAAGCAACCGCCAGCAGGCACAGGCGUCUUGCUGAAUUUCCAACUAUGUACUUUUAGAAAUUUACACAAAAAACAAAACAAAACGAGAGACGAGAAAAAUGAAAUGCUCGCCUGUGUGUGUAUUUUUAUUUAAUACAAUGAAAAAGCGAUUUUACACAAACGAGGUAAAAGCAAAAUGAUACAAACACUUCAUCUAAAAACAAUUUUCUUGUUACUUUUGUUGAGUUUAAUCAUUUUUACAUUUACAUAUUACACUAAAAAUCAUAUUACAAAACAAAAAAAAAAUCAAACAAAAAAAGAAAAAAACCCUAAAUGAAAGCAAUUUUUUAGUUUUAUUUUAUAAAUGCAAAUUUUUAUAUAAGGACCAACCAAAAAAGAAAAAAAGGAAAAACAAAACCAACACAGGAAAAAAAUGCGAUUCACAUCACGCGCAUUAAUCUUCGCAUAGUUUUUGAGGGGUUUCUUUUUUAAAUAUUGUAUAAUUUAGCAAAGAGAAAAACUAAUUGCAAGCAAAGCAUUUUAUGUUCGUUGAAUGAAAUGAAAAUUGCUGUGCUGCUCAAUAACAACUACAACAACAACCACAAAAAAUAUUAAUAAUAAUGAUAUAGAAAUAUACGCAUGAAUAACACGUGCGUAUACUUAAACGAUAUACGAGUAUAAUAAUCGAAUGAACGGGAAGAAAAUGAAAAACAAAAUUUUGCUACAUUUUAUAAAACAUAAAUUUACAUACUAAAUUAAUCGAUAAGUUUGCACAUCUUUACCUAAACGAUUGGUAAUUAUUUCUAGUUUUUAGUAAGCGAAUUGGAAAAACAAAACACGCCCCCACUCCCCCAACUCCCUCUAAGAAAAACAUCAACAACAACGACAACAACAAAAUCACUUUCUCAAAGCCCUUUCCAAAGCAAAAACAAAACGAGUUCGAUAUAAAAUUUCAUACAAAUUCAGAUCGAUAACAAUUAUCGAUGACAAUUAGCGGUACAUGCAAAAAUAAUAUAAUAUGUAACAGUUCCCAGCGUCCACCCGUCAGCCAUUGCAAAGGUAUUUUAAAAUACAUCCAUUGCCCGCCCAUCCUAUGAUAUAAGUUUUAACCAAACAACAAACAGCUUCAGCAACAACAACAUCAACAACAAAAAUUUUCGGCGCAGCGUGAUCAUUAAUUAGUAAGUUUUUUAAGUAAGAUAGUGAACCCAAAUUAUAGGAGUGUUCUAGUUCGUAGGCAUUUCAUUUUCUAUUGGCUAGGUUAUCGAAUCAUUUCCCUUGUACUAUGUACGAGUAAUAUUUAGGUCUCCCUCUAUCCCCAUCCCCAUCUCCCCUUACCCCGACCCCUAUCUCUGUCUAUGUGUAUCUAUCUUUAAACUAACUAUGUGUCUAUAUAUCUAUUGUAGUAUUGUAGUAAGGCAAGGCAACUUAGCAGAACAGCCGUAUGUGAUGGAUCUCUGUAAAGUGUUUUGAUUUGUGUGCUUUGCACUCACUCACUCACGACGCUAUCGAUAGGUUUAAUAGGAUUAAGCAAGUUUUCUAAAUUUUAUAUACGAGUAUUUACGAGGUAUGCAAACAUCCCACGAUUUAAAGAGCGGUUCAAUGUUUCCUGUUUUGUCUUUAUUUUUUGUGCAUCAAAAAAGUCACCAAUCUCCCUCCCCUCUUUCCCUGCCACCCCAAACACAUCAUUAUUAUGUAUAAGUUUUAUUAUCCCUCCCAUUGAUUCACUUUGUUCUCAACUCAAAAUUGUGUAAAAUUACUUAAAGAUUAAAAUCUUUACUUUUAAUGCAAUUAAAAGAAAAACCAAAUUUGAUAUAUGACCCAACUGUGACAGAAAGUUUUCACCGACCAAAACUUGUAAAACUAUGGAGCAGCAGACACUGUGUUUAAUCUCUCUGUGCAUAAAGUUCGCAACGAACAGAUCCUGAGAUCAACUAUCUGUGAACUUCGGAAGAGCAAAAACUGUCCCUACUUUCUGUGCAUAGCGUUUGAAACGAACAGAUCUAAAGAUCAUCUAACUAUCUGUGAAAUUCGGUACAGCAGAAACUGUGUUUAAGCUCAUAUGUCUGUGCAUAGCGUUUGAAACGAACUGAUCCUAAGAUCAACCAUCUGUGAAUUUCGAAACAGCAGAAACUGUGUUUAAACUCAUUCGUUUGAAACGAACCGAUCCUAAGAUCAACUAUUUCCAUAAGUUUCGUCAAACUGUCUGUGAAAUGCGACGCUUUCCUACGAUUCCAAUUGAGAAUCCCCAAAGUAGGCUGAAGCGUUGCACUCCCCUAAAAUUUCAACUGUGAGUGUUUAACAUAAACAAAAAUUUUUCAAAAAUUUAAAAAUCAAUCCCCCUCUCUCGACCCUGUGUUAAACAUUUUGAGAAAAUGUCUAAACUGACCCCCCAAAAUCCCUCAAACCAAAAUUGCCUCGAUAAAAAAAAAACAGCCAAUACUGUGAAAAACUAAAAUCCCCUUGAUAAAAAUAUGUGUUAAACAUUUCAAAUGCAUUGUCAAUUUGUGAGUUGCCGUUCGUCAGGAACGAAAUUUUUCUAAAAAAUUCAAAACCCAACCUACAAAUAACUGUGAAUGCGUUUAGGAUAAGUAAGAUUUCCGUUUGUUCAUUUCGAAUAUCCUUUUUUAUUGUAAUGUGAUACAAUUUUGAUAUUUCUCCCCCAACUUGUGAAACCUACGCAGCGUAAAUAAUUUUGAGAAAAUUACAAAACAUUUAUGAGCAGUGUGAUAAAGUUGAUAUUAUAUAUAAAGUACCCCGUUGAAUAAUCCCCCUAUCCCCCUCCCCAUUGGUGACUUUUGGCAUGGUUGGUCUUGAAAUACCUUUAAAGUUGAUUCAGCUGGCGUCUGGGAUUAGGUUACUAAUAAAUUACAUUGCAUGUGCCGCGUUUUCCAAUACUUGAAAUAUAGGCAUCUAGAUUUGCCGCCAUUUAACAUACCAAAUAAUACAAGUAAUUAUACGAUGAAGCGUACAUUUUCAGAAAAGUAGAAAGCAGAAUGAUGAUGGUGAUGUAAGUCGGAAUGGGAAAAUCGAAGUGAUAGUAACUUUUAUAUUCACGAUUUCAACGAGAGAAGCUCGUUUGCAUACUUACCUAUAUAGAAUUAUGCUUAAGUUACAAGUAAAACAAAAACAAAACAUACAAUCUAUACCCUAAACCUAUCUCUAAAAAAAACCCCAAACCCCAUCAACAAAACUUUUUGGCAUUUAAUUGAGAGAGUCGUAUAUGAGGCAAAACUCUGCUUUUGUAUAUGAUUUUCGUCUAAAUUUAAGAUUUCAAUUACGUAUAUAGUUCAUACAAGAAAAACACAAUUAUAUAUAGAAAUUAAUGAAGAUUAUUUAUAGGCAAACAACAACACACAUACAUCUACACACCAACACACACACACAUACCUAUAACUACUACAUACAUAGUUGUUUAGAUAUUUAAUUGGCAUUAUAGAACGAUGCAACAACCCUAUAUGCAAGGUCGAAGGCAGCAGCGCACCACCAACUACCGUUUAAGUCAGCCCGUGUUUUUAGUUUAGACGCCCAAUUUUUAUUUAGUUUUGAAUUUUAUUUUUGUUUUAGUUAAAUGUGCAAGUAAACGUAAAAGUGUUAAACUAUAUAACUCUUAACUCUAAUUGACAUCUUGUUAAACGUAUGCAUUGAGUGCAAAAGUUGAAACAGUUGGACAGUUGAAACAAACAAACAAACAUACAUACAUCAAACUAAUGCCCACCUCAGCCACCAAGAAAACGUAAAUUAAAAUACACUAAACGAAUUAAACGAAAUAAUAAUAAUAAACCCAAACUAAACGAAAACUCUUAAUUAAACUAAAAUAAUAGUCAGACUUUCAGUUCUACCCAACGCAAAAUAGCAAUACAUAAACAAUUUAACUAACUAAAUGAAAACAUUUAAAUGUAAUUUAUAUUACCUCCUUAGCAAAAAUCAAUAACAAAUGUUUUAAUAAUUAACAAUAACAGUAUAAUACGUAAAUUUAAUAAACAUAAUAAUAAACACAAAAGAAUACUUAAAACUUAAAUGCAAAACAAAUGAAGACAGUUUCUGUUUAGUCUUAUUUAAAAAAAUUUAAAAAACAUUUAUAAAACCCAAAAUAUAACUACAUAAAUGAAAGCAGAUAUACUUUUAUUAUUAUUAUUAUUUUAUUUCAAAACAUGAAAACAAAUGAAAAAAAAAACAAAUUAUUUGCACACUCUUCCCAGUCAAAUUCUCAUCUUCAAUAUUUCGAUUUAAAUAUUCAAAAUCGUGUGAAUGGAUCCAACAGCAAAAUGCUUAAACUUACACCAAAAUUCUUUAAAAUCAAUUUUUGAAAGCUCCCAACGCUUGCACUAGAUCAAGUUUCAAUUAUUUUGAGGACUUUCACGUAGCAUCCACGAGCUCUCUCAGAUCAUCUGAUGACGAAAUGUACAAAUUGGUAAAGUUUAGGCACUUUGAACUGGAUGGAAGAAAAGCCAGCACAAACUUUCUUUAAUCAAGGAAAAGCGUAGCAAAUGUUUGUUUUUAUUUUUUAACACUUAUCUGUAUGCACACCUCAUUAAAAUCAAACUUUAGUAUGAUUUCCUAAAAAACAUAUAAAUGAAAUGCACAUGCCCAAGAAUCAUCUUUGAAAUACAAAAUUUAGCACACUUUUUUUGUUUAAGCAUUAUUUGUUUAAUGUGUAAUAUAAUACUUUGUACCUUUUUCUUCUCUUCUUUUAAAUCUUUAUCUUUAUGCAAUUUGCAAAAUGAAAAGAAAAUCAGCACCACACUCCCCUCUUUUUUAUUUGUGUUACUUCAUCCAACGCGCCCACAAAUUUCCCAUCUUGUCUACUUUUUAAUGUAAUUUAGUUGAAUAUUUUAGUUGAUUUUUUUAUUAUUAUUAUUACUAUAUAUCAAUGAAAACUAAAUAAAUUUAAUUAUACUUGAAUAAAAAAUAAACAUACAUAUAUAAAAAUAAACAACAACAAAAUCACAAAAACAAUUAUACUACAUAACUUUUUUGCUAUUAUUAUUACAAUUAAUAAAUAUACAAUUUUUGUUGAUUUUUCAAAUGAUUAAAUCUGAUCUGUUUGUAUUAUUUCAAAGUUUGGUUUUUCCGAUUUGAGUUCUUUGGUUUGUAUUCAAUCUCUUUUUUAUUUAUUGUUAUUUAGUUGGAAACUGCAUAUAACGAACAUAUAAAUCGUAUAACAAAAUGAAAUCGUCGGACGAUAAACUGCCGAGUUUAGCAUACUUGCGUCAUUUACUUUACCGAAAUGUAUUGCUUUUAGCAUUUAUAGUAGUAGAAAGUCCCUCUGCCAGACGCGUUUACCUCAGUUAGUCGCAUCUUUAGAUACAAACAUACAUACAUAGUAAUUUGUACAACGUAGGAACAUGUUAAUCGCCGCAUAAAUACAUAACUAAAUAGUUUAGUAAUUGCAUUCGCGCCCCCAAGCGUAUGCAACAGAUUAUUUUCACAGAUACAACCACAUUCAUGAGACGAUGAUGUGUGUGGCACACUUGAUGGAACUUAUCGUUUUUUGUCUUUAUUUUUUAGCAAAACUUGCUUACUGAGUUACCUGUGUACACCCCCGCCUAGUAUCCUAACUCCCCUUCCCCCCAAAAUGCUCCCAAAUGCACUAAAUCAAUUUCUUAGUUGAAUUUUGAGUUGAACGCGCCGAGCGUCAUCUUUGUCUUUGUCAAUGUUGUAGUCGAAUUUUUGUUCACGUUUGUUCUCGUUAUGUUGAAAAUUUCUUGCCAAAGUACAAAACACAAAAAAAAAAAAACUAAAAAAAAAAUCGAUAAUUAACAACUAAAUCAAUUCCUUGUAAUUCCUAAUUGAAGAUGUGUACGUACCCUUUGAGUUACCUGAGCAUUGAUGGUAAAGUUGCCCUCGAUUCGAAGCGAGUUCGUAUUAUUUCGGUUUCAGUUUGAGAUUUAAUAAUUUUGAUUUUGAAAAGCUACAAGUACAUUAAUUAAUUAAUUAAUUAGCGAUAUAUAUGCUUAUAGUUGUGUGUACUUUUAAAUGGGCUGCACUUCUUAGCGUUUAAGAUAGAAUCGUGUGUAAAUCAAAUAUGAAAGUCAAGAAGAUGCAUAUGAUAUUUAACGAAAAUAAAUAAAAACCCAUUUGAGUUGCCAUAUUCACGUAGGCGUCUCCCAAAUGUGGCGCAAAAGGUUUUGCUAGAAACGAAUUAUUUUGUUCGAUUAUGAAUUAUUAUGAUUAUGGUGAAGGUAUCGUAAAAACAUACACAUUCAAUUUUGUAUUAAGCAUACAUGUAUUUAUAUUUACACUACAUUAGGAACUCAAAACACACAUCGGCUAACUUUAAGCACUUCAAACUACAACCGAUAGCUGGUCAGCAUGGGUAGAAGAACCGCUGGUAAAGUGGACCAACAAUCGGUUAAACAUGCAUGAUAAAUCAUAAACCAAAACAAAACAAAAGAAUCACAUUAUACAUUAUAUAGGCGCAUAUAUACUAGACUCGACUCGUGUGUAGUAUUUAUGUUAUUAGCAUAGGCUUGAUACAGCUGCAAAAAGCAAGCAAGUAAAAGCAAAUGAAAAUGAAAGUGUUGAGCAAGCAAUACGAGCGAGGGCCCAAAGGCCCCUGGAGUCGUGGCCUGGUCUCGCCGAAACGUAAAACAUAAAAAAUCCCUUGAUUUAGCCUAGCCCAUAACGCAUAAGGAACUUACUCGUAUCGUAUACUUACAAUUACACAUACGUACUCGUAAUUAUCAUUUAAAAAGCGCGGCGCUUUUAAGUGCUGCAUAUGAAUCUGAAUAUGAAUUGUCGAACAAUCGUUGCCAUUUAUUUCUCUCUAUAAGUCUUACUGUAGAAGUCUAUGUCUAUGUGUUGUACUUAGGUUUACUUAGCAAUACCCUAUGUUUAUUAUUAUUAUUAUUAUGCUUUACGCUUGACCUCAUCUACUCAAUACUCUCGUGUGUAGUCGUAAAGUCAACGAUUUUUCAAUAACAAUCCCCACAAAAAAACAAACUCCUCGAUGUUGUGUUUUUGUUCUACAAUUAAUUAUAUAGUACGAUGCAUAGUCGUUAGUGAUUUAAGCCAGCAUUUAAUCAAUCCAAUCCAAGUUAGUAUUAAGUUGCAAUCAGCAUAAGAGUUAAGCUAACGUAUAGGACUGAUGGUCAGCAACAACAACUUUCGAUUCGAUUAUUCGAUUGUGUGUGUCUGUGUGUAACGAAUUUGUGAUGUGCGCCGCAAAGUAUGCAACAUAAAAUUGAUGGUAAACGGCGUAGGAGUAACGAACUAGAGAUCUGUAGAUCGGUAAACAGUGUAUGCUAAAAAAGACUGAAUGACUGAAAAGUAUAAUCACUCGAAUAACGUAAGCAAGCAGCCAAGGUGAUGAUUGAUUUAUAGAACAUACAAAACAAUAAGUGUAUCUAUAUAAUCGAUUUAUGAAAUGAAAAACAAAAGCAAAAACAAAAACAAAAAACAAAACAUCCAAGCAAUUCAGGUAUUUGAACUACAAAAGCAAAACGAUUUAAUUCAAUGGACUUCCAAGUAUUUAAGCAAAACAAAACAUAAACAAAAGCAAAAUAGAGACUAAUAGGACACCAAAGUCAAGUAACGUACUGCAAAUAAAAAAUUUCUACCUCAUUGUUAAUAACUAAUUUAAAGAAAAACAAAAAAAAACAAAGAAACAAAAAAUGUUGCAGCGCCCAAAUACCUCAAAAUGCAGAAAAGAAUAAUUAAAGAAAAUGUGUAACAUUUAUCCACCGAUAAGUGUAAAAUGUUUAAUAAGAAAAUCAACCGACAUACUCGAAACAUCACUUCAUGUCAUCAGUCAUCAGUCAUAGGUCCAUCAGUCAUCAUCGUCAGACAAGAACACACAGUCAUAUCUCAUACACACACACGUGACACACACACUCUCACUGCCACAGUCAACACGUUGCAUUUGUAUUCAACGCAUAUUCUUAAGCAUAAAUAUAAUUUUUUUCUAUUGACAUCGUUGAAACACAUAUGAGACGAUCGUUACGUAAGAGAACAACACCAAACAAAACAAUUGAAUUGAAAUUUAAUCGAAUAUUCAUAUUCAUUACAAAUACACAACACUCACAUGAUAAGCCCAUAAGCAAUUUGAAUAUUUUUCAAUUAUUUUAAGGACAGCCACAAAAUAUUUCAUACUCAUUGGCACUACAAAUAAGCAAAAAAAAAAAAUUCAUUAAAAAAACACAAAAAAAUAUAAACAACGUAAUCAUUCUUCAUGAACAUAAUUUGAUUUGCAUUUUCUUAUUUAAGAAAAAAACUAUUUUUCCUUUUUAAAAGAGCUCCCCGAUAUGUGAUAUUAAAUUGGUAAAAAGGCAAACUGAUAAAAAAAAACUGAAACGAAAUUUUCAAAAAUUUAUUGUGAAAUUGAAAUUGUGAAAAGCACAAAGCAUUGGCAUUGGCAAACUUUAAAUCAUACUUACUCAUUACUGUGAGCAUUGGCUUAGCUUAAGUUGGAAACAAAUACUUAACAUUAUGUAUAUGUAUUGUGGAAUAUUUUUCAAAACAAUUUUCGGAUUCGAACUGUGAGCAUGAGAAAUGAUAUGUGGUAUUUUGAGUGAACCUUUCCCAGGGGCACGCCCAAGAAAUUAAUUGAUAAAUUGGCAAGUAAUAUACAUAAAGCAAAUAAAAUAAAUUCAAUGUCUAUUUUGAAUAAUUUUGUUUAAGCUUAAAUUAGGUUUAGCUGUUCAAAGUUUUGAACAUUUGAGUCUGCAUCAUUGGCAAAUAAAUACAAUCAAUCAUUGCAUUAAACAUCAUUAAAACUCAUAACUGUGACAAAAUUUUUACACACACCCAAAAGGAACCUUAUAAAUUUGCUCACAGAGCAAUUCAAAAUUCUUGGCAAAUAAUUUUGUGGCUGCUUGAAAAAUAAUCUAAGUAAACAAUUUGGUUAACAAAUGAAAACCAAAUUGCAAUCAUCUUAAGCUUUCUGUGUCAACUUAAUUAUUGCUUCGAUUCUACAUUAGAAAACCAUACGAAAAAAAUCAUAAAAAUUAAAGCAUUUCAAAAUAAAAUUAUCUAUUCUAAUGAGUAAGAAGUAAACUCUAGAGUUUUAGACUAAGCACGCUUCUAGGACACUCGAAUUGGGUGAGAGAAAUCGUAAUCGUAAUUGUAAUAAUAAUCUAUGAAUAUUUAUAAUAAUAUGCAAAAAUUACACACACAAUUACAAAUUAAUGGAAUACAUACCUCAAAUUAGAAUUUUUCUAGUUUAAUUCUUACAAAAUAUACAUAUAAAUGUUAAAAAAAAAAAAACAAAAAUAUCAAACAUACUACCAAAAACAAAAAAAUACUUGAAUGCAAUUUAUGGAAAUUUUAAUAGUAAAAUUCAAGAGCCAUUUAUUAAACAAGAUAUACAUUUAAAAUAACAUACAAGUUCAUGCAUGCAAACCAAACUAAAUGGGUUUUUUAACGUUUCCAAACUAAAUAUGAGUAACAUAAAUAAUAACAAUAAUAAUAAGUACUACAUCAUCCAAAAUAUUCAUAUAAAUACACUCAUGUAAUGCUGCCAAAAUCAAAGCUGCCACAAAAUAACUCAACUCAACUAAAGGUAAAAGUAAAGUAAAGUAAAGUAAAGUAUGUAAAAGUAAAAAGUCAACUCAUCACUCAUCAAAACUCAAGAAUUAUUGUAGUGAAAUUUUAGCAGUAGUUGCCCGAAUAUGAACACCGAAAGAAGCUCCUAACUAUCUCGAUCUCAAUUCAAGUCACUCAGCAGAUAAACGAGUAUUUAGGAUGGAUUAUCUUUUAAAAAACAAAAAACAAAAAAAAAUACAAAAUACGUGAAAGUAAUAUGGCUAUUAAGUACUUAUUAUUGCAUUAUUACGCAUUAUAUGGAAAAUAUGGAAUAUCUAUUAUAUAUUAUAUGGCAUAUAUAUUGUAUAUGAAGUUUUCAUUGUACUAACUUAUAUAUAAUCUAUUUGAAAGUCAUCAUUAUUAUUAAACUUUGUAGUAUGUUUCGUUAUAAAUACACACACACACACACACAUACACACUCACUUAUUCACUCACACACACACACACACUUUAGUAACAUACACACACACACACACUCACUGAUACACUCCUAUAUUUGAGGGGAUUUGUAGCUUGAAGGCCCUUCCAAAAUCAGUAGAGCCCACCCAAGUCUGCGAUCCGCUGAGCAAAUGGCGAAAGGAUUUUCAACGCAACGGCGUAGACGCGUCUACUCACAUAGAAGAAUUUCUGCUGCUCAGGUAUGGGCGUGUCCUACGUCCGUUCCGAUCGAAAAUCCUUAUCGCAAUCGGGGCGUAAUGUGCCAGUUUUAAGUUUAGUUUUAGUUUAGUUUAGUUUUCUAACUCUCUUGCUCUCUUGCUCUCUUUCUCUCUCACUCUCUUUUUAUCUCUUUCUCUCUCUCUCAUGUCGGAGGAGUUGGUAAUAUGCAGAGAAAGAAGAAGAAGAAGAACAGUAGAAACGCCAUAGUGGAAUUUUGUUUAAGUUUCUUGUUUCGUUUCUAUUAUUGAAAAUGAAAAUUUAUGCAAAUCAUACGAUAAUGAUAAUAUUUAAACAAAAGUACACUUUACCUUAUUUAGAUGCAAUGAAACUUUAAUUCCUUGAAUUAGUCAAAUUUGAUUUUGGACCUGAACAAAAAACACAAAAAAAAAAAAAAAAAAAACGAAACCAAAAAAAAACAUAAAUAAUUAAAAAAUACCAAGCAUAAAAGUUAAUGUAAAACCAAAGAAAAUAAAACUAAAAUAGACAAAUGUGCAACAAGAUUGUGUAAAGACAUGCGAAAAGGAUAACGCAUUGAAUACAAUUAUGUAAAGCGAUCCUGCGAUCUUUGCCACGAUCCUUGAAGCACUCCAUUUUUGGUUUGGUGUUGAAAACAAAAUGCAAAUACAAAUAUCUAUUGUAUCUGUUUGAUUUCCUUGUUAAAACUAAAGCAAAUAUACAAAACGAAUAUUUUACAAAAUGAGAUGAAAGAUGGUAACAAAAAAAAUGAAGGCGAGAAAUUACAAAUUAAAAAAACAUUCAAAGAUACAAAAAACAUGAACCUCAGCACUCCUGCAUCCUACACAAAUGUAACAAACAAAACAAAACAAAAGAAAACGAAACGAAAUGAUGAAAAUAAAAUAAACUAAAAACUAAAUGAAAACCCUAGCGAAAUCAAACAUAAUAAAUAUAACACCGAUGAAGGCUAAGCGAAUAAGCAACAAACAAAAAUAUACAAAGCAAAAGCAAAAGCAAAACAAAAACAAAAGAAAACAAAAUGAACUAAAAAAUGCGCCCCUCCCCCUUUUCGAAAGUACAAAUUGUUUUUAUUGUGAAAAGAUUUUUUAAAUAAAAAAAAUAAAAAGUAUGCAAAGUUGAAGAUGAAACGGAGAUGAGAAUUGAAUGCGAUUAGCCAGAAGAAAGCAAUUAAAGACAAAGACCCAUAGAAUUAAACCCGAUCAAAAUUCAUCAAUUAUACUGCUUUAAUAUUUCAUAUAAAUGUAAACCCGAUAUCUUUCAGUUCAUAUGAUAUUUUUGCUCAGCUUAGUCAAAAAUUCAAAAUGAUUUAUCCAACAGACAAAAAUAUACUAAGCAUAACAAUCAUAACAUUGUAGUUGCAGUAAAACAAAACAAAAAACAAAUACAAAAUAUAUAAAUCUUAUAAGAUCUAAGCUAAUCAAAAAGGAAAUUACAUAAACCAAGGCUUUUGAUACAAAUUAAACAAGCAUAAAAUAACUAAUCCAAAUCAUAAUAAUAAUAUUGAUAAAUGAGAAACAAUAAUUUUGCAAAACUCUUUCUAUGCUUACACAAAACUAUUUACAAAAAAAAAACACAAAAAAAAUCACACAUAAUACACAAACACUUGAAACAUUUUAUUGGCGAAACAACUUAAUUAUUUAUGUCUUUAAAAAUAUAACAAAAAAAAAUAUAAAAAUAAAAAAAAUUAAAUGGUUUAUGCAUACACUAUAUAUUGUAAUCCCAUUUAGCACUUAAAUUAUAUAUAUAUAAUAUGCGUAUUUGUCUUUAUUAAUAACAAUAAUAUUAUACAAAAAAAAAAACAACAUUUACUAUAUAUUAUAUAAUAAAACGAUUAACACUUCUAAUUAUAUAUGAAAAUAUAUAUAUAUAUUUUAUAUGAUGCAAUAACGAAACUAUUGCAACAAAUCAUUGAAACAUUUGUAAAGCGGCAGACAUAAAAAAAAAAAACAAAAAAAAAAACACAAAUACGAAAAGAACAAAA